ACAUGACUUCAUCAAACUCAUUUUCAUGUUACAAAUCUCCAAGUAUUCGAAUGAUGAUGGCUUGCAUUUCGGUGAAUUGUUACCAGUCAUCCCAUGCAAUUCAAAAAUGCAAGACUGGUAUAAACAGCUCUGAAUAUAUCGCUGUCAACGAUCGAUAUUUCCGUCAUCCGGAUUUUCAUUUUGAAGUCAAUCUGAUCGUUUCUUGCAGAACGAUCGGAUUAUUUCUCAUGAAAAUGUCAUCGUUAACCCUGUAAAAUUUUCUGUGUCACAUUCAAAUGGAGUAUACGAUUUUUUCAACGUAUGCGGAAAUGAAUCAGAAGCAUUUCAAAUCACGGAAUUUCACAUAGGAGCGUCGAGCAUCUUACAGUGUCUUGCAUCACCUUGCAUAACCUUUCUGAAUUACGAUUAAAUCGGUUGGAAAAUGUCGAGUGAUUUAUGGCCACGAGCGAUUUUAGUUGAUCGGUCUCAAUGAAUAGUGUAAUAAAAAACAAAAAAAAAAUUGAGAAAACGUUCUAGGUUCUUGUAUCGUGAGAUGAAUAUUCACGGUAACGAUCCCCUGUUCUGGUUAGUCGGUGAUCCGGUCGACGGUCAGUCGAAUAUUGCUGACGAAGGAAAAAUUAUUGAAUUAUUCGACACUGGAUGUGAUGCGCGAGCACCUGGAGCUGCUCUUGGAGUGACGAAAAAUUCCGUUGUGAUAACCGACCGUGAUGUUACAGUUAGUAGGAAAAACUACAGUAUUCCUCCUGUUCGAAAGACUCUUGGUCCUUCGUUACAAAAACGUCGAGAUGACCCAAAAUAUCGAGAAAAUUCAAAGUCAAACAUCUCUGCAGGCGGUCGUACAAAAUCGAAAGUUGAAACGCUAAAAACUGGGGGGACUUCAUUUGAGACGAAGACAACAAUCAGUCGUAGUUGGAUGUCGGAAAAAUAUGGCAAAAAUAGCACACCGAAACUCAACUCAACAAUUUACAAAAUGGACGGAACACGUCAGGCGAGAGUCACUUCGGAUGCGUUUUUGAGUCCCAAAUCGGUUAAAACGUUCGUAAGCAGGGCCGUCGACAAAGACAGUCUUUCAAAUUGUUCCAGGCAGUUGGAAGUUUCAAAAACAUUUGAAGGAGAUUCUGAUUUACCUUCUAAAAUUGAUAAUAAAGAUUCAACGUUACCCAGUAGCUGCGGAUUAACAAAAGUACCGAAAUCAGACGCGAUCAAUAAAAUACUUUCCAGUAGAAAAUCCUACAUGGGUACAUCCCCCGUGACUUCUGAUGAGAAGGAAAUCAUUCGGCCUGAUACCGACGACGGAAUGGCUUUGAUAAAAAUUACGGGUGACACCGAUCAAAGAUUUUCAGACAAACCCCUCAAGAAUCCAGAAAUAAAUUCUAGAACGAAUUCCGAUGGAUUUCUUAAGCAGCGAAGGCACUGCGCGGACGGUGAAACUAUAUCCGAAAUCACUCUGAAUCAGAAUGCCGAUGGAACAUCCCAUAAGAAAUUGGCAGAAGAAAUAAAAUCGCGAACAAUACCUACCAAAAUCUGUACUUUUGGUAAUCCUCGAUGGAAAGGAAUUUCAGCUUCAGCUUCGAACAGAAGAAACAUAACGUUCGGCAAACUUCCUCAGUCCAGAUUCGGAAGCCGAAAUUCGUCUAUCGGUUGUAAUAAGGGGCAUCAGAUCAUAGAAGAGAAUGUCGUGAAACAAUCAGCUGUGCAUUCCAGAGACGUAUUUGACGGUAAAAAGUCUAAAUCUAAUUCUGGAUUGUUGACAAAAGUGAAGUUUGAUGAUCGAAAAACGGCCGCUACAAUGGUACUGAAUGAAAGGCCUUCCAUCGAUUUGGAUGAAGCAUCUGCACGUCAGUCCACCGUGAACAGAUUUAAUUGUAAUUCCACGAAACUUCCUCGGCCGAAGAUUUCGAUGAUUGCUCCCAAACUGAUGAACGAAUUCCUAAAAGAUUAUCAAGAAAACGAUUCAUCAGAUGAAAAGUUAACGCCGAGUGGACCGAAGGUCGAACUGAUUGAAGUGAAAACAGAUAUUUUUGGCACUGCCGAUCGAAUCAAGGGGGAAAACACUUUUCCAGAUCGAGUCAAGGAGACUUCAGUUUCGAAGACGUCCGAUAAUGAUGGGAUUCGUAUCUUUAAUAAGGUAGACAGAGAGAAAAAGAGUGAAGAUGUUGAACUGAAAACUGUCAAAACUCAAAACAACCACAAAAAACUGAUAUUAGAAACGUCAACUAGUUUCCGACUGCAAAAACCACAGAUGGCGAAUCAGAGGAGUCCUGUAAAAGCACCUAAUACUUUAUCACCUUCGUUCUCCAAGCAAUCAAAAGUCCCACGUCCCGUCACUAUACCGACGCGAGUCUUUCGCGUUCCGAAACCUGACCUUGCUAAGGACAGUGGGCGUAAUUCGUCAGCAAGAACGCGGCCUGUCGAAAAAGGGUCUACGACUCGUCAUGGCUUCUGUAGUAAAAGUAAUUCCGAAGCAGUAAAAAAUGAAUCCACGUCUUCGACUCAGGAUUUGGAAUCGAUAGAAACUUUCGAAGUUGAGCGAGAAGAUGGUAAAGGACGUUCCACCGUCCUUGAAUCCACGGUCAAGGUCCCGAAAAAUGACGAAGACGAGGAGUUGAUCCCGAUAAUGAACUCUGCGGCAUUUUAUAACAACGUCGGAUCGCUUGCGACGCCUUAUCAAAAGCAAAAGUCAAAUAUUUGGGAACAAUUUAAUCAGAUCCAGGAAGCUGGUCCGACUAAUACUGGAAAAAUGAGAUCUUGGAUCGACGGACACGAACAUGCGUAUCUCAGGGGAAGAGCGAUCGGUAUGAAAGUAGCGAUAAUGGCGAAGGCAGCGAAGCAGGAAGUGAAAAACAAGUUUAUUAGGAGUGGACUUGAGAGUUUGAAGCCCGUUUCACAGCCUGAAAUGUCUCAAGAGAUCAUUGAUAUUGGUUUGUCGGUUAUCGAAAAAGUAUUAGCUGAAAAAGCGAGCAAGUUAAAUCCGCCAUUGGUAGGCAGGCGUGAUUCACCGAAAUCAGAAUAUAAACCAGCUGAAUUUCAAACGAUCAAUGAUCAGUGGAACAAUACACAGUGGCUUGUAUAAAUUUGUCUUCCUGAUUUCUUCUUCUGUCAAUCGUGACAGCCGAGGUGAUAAUAAAAUUGUAACCAUGGCAUUAUCAUAAAAUGUUGGUAAUUCUGUUCAGGGUGUUAUACACCGAAUAUUCCUGUACAAAAAAGUGCUUCUAUCGAAAUAAGUAUUUUACAAAU